AUGCUCUCGGAGACUGAGACUGAGACUGAUCAUGCGGGCCCAGCCGAGUUCGCAGCUGCUGGCACCUCUCCCAUGAUGGACUCCGAUCGCAGACAAGAUGCAAACCAUGCCGGGGACCGAACGGAGCAGAACACAGCGGGCCAGGUUCAAUGCGCGGUCUGUAGCAGCACCUUUCGGCGCCCGGAACAUUUGAAGCGCCAUCUGCGCAGUCAUACAAAGGAGAAACCCUUCGAGUGCGCGCAGUGUGGCCGCCACUUCUCAAGAACUGAUACCCUCCAUCGACAUGAGCUGAGCCACCAUACCCCAGGAAGUGAAGGAGGCAAGGACCGCAAGCAUCGUAUCACCGUCAAGACAUUCCGGGCUUGCUUCAGCUGCGCCACAGCCAGAGUGCGAUGUAGUGGUGGCUUGCCAUGCGGACGGUGUGAUGCUCGCUCUCUUGAAUGCCAGUAUCCCACGCAGAGACGGUCAAAAGCGAGACUUCGUAAUGGAAGCGUGCGGGGAGAGUCUAGUCUGGACAUACAGGAAAUUGAACCACAAUCGCCUCGAAACUCUUCGCCCCAUCCCAGUGCAAUCAAUGUGGUUCCGGCGUUGAUGGACCAUGCGGCCUCUCAUCAACUGGGGCAGUUCUCGAUGGAGGGCAUUAAUGACUCGCAGCUAUCACCCAAGACCUCAAUACGCCAACUUCCAAAUUCCACGGACUCUCAUUUGGGAAAUACACCGUCGGAUAGGCGGGGCUCUAUCGCAACACCCUCCAAUUCUCAAUUAUACCUACCGUCUGCCAAUCCCGUUGUCAACGCGGCCAGGCCUCCACCGGGUGUGUACCCCGACGGAGAUUGUAGCCCAAGAUAUGGCGAAAUCACGAAUCCCGGCAUGCUACCCGUCGAUGCCACAGGGAACCUGGGGCCUGGAAUGAGGGAACUCCAGGCCGGCAUGGCUGGCCCUGCGGUUGAUCUGGAUAUCGACAUGACAGGAAACCCAGAGAUGACACUUGAUUUCGAUCCGUCGCUUUUUGACCAGUCGAUGCUAUCUACGAUCAAUUGGCUGCCAAAUGAGUUCUUUGCUGGCCCAGCGAACCACGAAGCACCAUCUUCUAGGCUCCCACUGCAGGUCUCUCAGACCAUCAUCCUGGACAACUAUGCGGCGCGAAUACCAUGGCAGCCUCCAGUGAUCCAUGCUGAUAAUAUCAGCUCCUCAAUCCCCGAAAAUAAUUCCCAUACCCCUUCCGGACAUCAUUCUCUACGAACAGAUAUGGGGAGUCCCAGGCGAUAUUCACAUGUCGGCAGCGAAUCAUCUCCUCAUUCAGAAUCUGUCGAUUCUGGAAAUCGUUCAGCGGACUACUACGUUGAUGGUGGCGGUGCCAGGCUUCCAAGAUACAGAAAGAAACAGGCACCUUGGUCCUCCUCGACAGAUGCAGCCGCUGUCACAGAGCAAGCUCUCUUCGAGAACGGCGCACGUAAAUUCGGCUUCCCGAACGUGCAGGAGAUACCCAUGGAGAAUAUCUCAGAAAAAGUCCUACAGUUCGCUCGACCAAUCGAGGUGACUACGUACAACGAGAUCUAUCGCAAUUUUCUUUUACUUUGCCGCACUGACAAUCCGUUCUUUGAGACGUUUGAAUCGGAGAAUUUCCCUACGACAGAGGAAAGCAGCCGAUACCUUGCUUACUACUUCGAUUCAUUCCAGGCCGUGUAUCCGAUAUUUCAUAUUCUAACAUUUGAUCCAAAUCAAUGUCACUGGAUCUUGACCUUGGCUCUUCUAGCAGUUGGGUGCCAUAGCUCAAGCAUUCAUGAGGCAGAUGAAUGUACAACGGCCUUUCAUGAGAUGCUUCGACGGGCUAUCUACGUUGAGAAAGAAAAACAUCACGCUGGGUCUGUUUCACUUGACCUGUUGCAAGCCAUGCUGCUCAAUUGUAUUGGACUCCUUCACAGCGGAAAUGAGAAGGAUAAGCUAUCUGCUUUCGGCGCGUUCAAAGACCUUGUGACUCUUGCGAACGACGAGAAGUUGCUAUCCUCAACGAAACCAUUGAGAGAGUCGAAUGGGAAUUCUUGCGAAGAUUUAUGGCAGAAAUGGAUCAAGGACGAAACUCGGAAGCGGACUGGCUACUGUGUCUGGCUCUUGGACUGCACACUUGCUUAUUAUUUCGAUGAGCGACCAAUUCUGUCUUUGGAUGAUGGACAGGCUGCACUACCUGCCCAUGAGGAACUUUGGCAGUCGACUUCUAUGGAAGGUUGGAAACAGCUGUGGGAUCAAUCUACCGUGAACGAAUCAUUAUAUGAUGCUGUGCAUACUCUUUACAUUGAAAAGAGACUGGUCUCCGGCAUUGGAGAGUUCAGUCACAUCCUCCUCAUCCACGCUCUUUACCAUCGAAUGUGGGAAGUGGGCGAUUACUUCCGCCGUCCGCUGUCUUUCUGGAAUCCAACUGCAAAAAAGCAGUCUCGAGAGACUGCAAUCCCUUCCGGGUCUGUUUGGCUUCCAGGAAUUCCGUCAUACUCCAAAUGGCGUAACAGCGCUUGCGAUUGCUUGGAUAUUCUCCACUGGACCGCCAAUAGUACUGUCGCUAAGGCGGCCGGAUUGGAACAUCCCACCAUCCUCCAUCUCCACGCUGCUCGGCUUAUUUUGCUGGCACCAUUCCGUGAGAUUCGCUCGCUCGCGACGUCUCUUGCAACGGAUAAGCUACGAUGGAGCAAAAGGCAUCAAGCAAUUGAAUGGCAAUAUAUCUGGCGUUGGAUCAAGCAUGAUCAAUACAAAGCUCGGCUGUCCAUUAUCCAUGCUGGAGUGACCCUCUGGCACGUCCGGAGAUACUCCACGAAUGCAUUCCACGAGCCAGUAGCUGCUUUCCUCGCGGUUCUAACACUCUGGGCCUACGGGUCAUGUCAUGCUUACGCUCCCCAAGAUUCGAGUCCAUACACGCAGGCUUCGCGCAAUGAGCCAUCGCAAGAGCCAAGUUUUAUUCAUUUAGACCGACCGUGCGACGAUGAACUGGUGCAACUCUUCGUUCGCGAAGGCCACUCCAUGAGAGGGAAUAUCACGGGCGUAGGAGAUAUAUGUGCGCCCGAGGGUCCAGAGAGGAUUUUACGAAUCGGCUGCGAGGUUCUCUCCGGUUUGGCAGCAUGGCGUCUCUCGAAGAGAUUCAUUUCUAUCCUGACUCGUCUGGCUGGUCUGGCGUCGCGGAACCCGGAGAUUGAGCCGAGCCGCAAUGGAAAUAUGGACGAGAGCUGUAACCCUUCUGGUUUCGAACAUUAA